UCUCUCUCUCUCCCCCUCUUCUGCGUUCCUCCGUGCCAGAAAUGGCGUCAAGGCUGCUUCUUGUUCUGCUUCUCAGUCUCACCUCCUCUUUCACUGUCUUCAGUGAAGAGUUUGACACUCUUCCUCCUUCUUAUCCUCACCCUCACCCUCCCUCUGCGGCCCCUGCUCCCGCUCCCCACGGCCACCACCACCACCACCACCAUCACCACUCUCCCGCCGCCGCCCCCACUCCUCCUCCUACCCCUUCCCCUGUAGUCAAGCCUCCUCCUCACCCCCAUUACCCUCCUCCUCCUUCUCCCGCUCCGGUCAAGCCUCCCACUCACCAUUAUCCUCCUCCUCCUUCCCCAGCUCCAGUUAAGCCUCCCACACCACAUUACCCUCCUCCUUCCCCCGCUCCAGUGAAGCCUCCCACACCACAUUACCCUCCGCCUCCUUCCCCGGCUCCAGUGAAGCCUCCCACCCCUCAUUACCCUCCUCCUUCCCCGGCUCCAGUGAAGCCUCCCACCCCUUAUUACCCUCCUCCUUCCCCGGCUCCAGUGAAGCCUCCCACCCCUCAUUACCCUCCUCCUCCUUCCCCGGCUCCCGUGAAGCCUCCCACACCACAUUACCCUCCUCCUCCUUCCCCGGCUCCAGUGAAGCCUCCCACCCCUUAUUACCCUCCUCCUCCUUCCCCGGCUCCAGUGAAGCCUCCCACCCCUUAUUACCCUCCUCCUCCUUCUCCGGCUCCGGUGAAGCCCCCCUCCCACCAUUAUCCUCCUGCCCCUGCCCCUCAUGUCCCUCCUCGCCGUUCCUUCCCCAGAAGCUUUGUCGCCGUCCAAGGUGUUGUUUACUGUAAGUCCUGCAAGUAUGCUGGUGUUGACACUCUCCUUGGAGCCACUCCUGUUCUUGGUGCCGUUGUGAAGCUGCAGUGCAACAACACAAAGUAUCAUACGAUUGAAACGGCGAAGACAGACAAAAACGGCUACUACUACCUCGAAGCUCCCAAGACCAUCACCACCUUCGGAGCUCACACGUGCAGGGUGUUCUUGGUCUCCUCGCCGUCUGCCACGUGUCAGAAGCCGUCCAACCUCCACGGUGGCAUCGUCGGCGCCGGCCUGAAACCGGAGAAGCCAUUUGUGUACAACAAGCUUCCUUUCGUUCUCUACAGUGUGGCACCCCUUGCUUUCGAGCCCAAAUGCCCACAUUAAGAAGGAAAUGCACAGAAUAUAAUUUAGUUUCAAUUUCUGGAUUGUGAACAUGAACUACUGUUAUUACUGUUAUUGCCGUUUUGGCCUUGGUGUUUUUCCACUUUUCUAGUGUUUUGUAUUUGUGUCUGAUUAUGCCCAUGAAGUUGUAUUGGUCUACCUGCCGCCUGUGCUCAAGUCACAUGCAAUAAGAUUUCUGAUAUGGUAGAUUGUGCUCUUUCAUAAUUCAGA